AGAGUGGUUGUGAUGGUGGUGUAUAACACUCGAUCCAGCACAUAACAAUGGAAACGCAGCUUUACGUGUUUUCUCUCUAGAUUCUGCUCUUAAACGCCGUCGUUUUCAAACUCUUUUUUUCCCCUUCGCUUCUCUGUCUUUGUAACCGAAAGGGGGGAAAAUAUAAUUAACACCGAUUUCGCGACCAAUUCUUCUUCUGCGUUGAAUUGGGACAACGAGAAAUUGGAUCUCAGUUUUUGGCAGGAAAUAAAAAUUGCAUUUGAGUGUAAAAUAACAGAGUAUAGUGUAGGGCCUUGUUCUUGAUACUGUGCUAAAUUUGUUGGAUGGCGGAGAAAUCAUGCAUCAAGCGCCUUCAGAAGGAAUAUAGAGCCCUUUGUAAAGAGCCAGUUUCUCAUGUUGUGGCUCGUCCUUCUCCAAGUGAUAUUCUUGAGUGGCAUUAUGUGUUGGAGGGAAGUGAAGGAACACCUUUUGCAGGUGGAUAUUACUAUGGAAAAAUCAAGUUUCCUCCUGAAUAUCCAUAUAAACCUCCUGGAAUCAGCAUGACUACACCUAAUGGACGGUUCAUGACACAGAAAAAGAUCUGUUUGUCUAUGAGUGACUUUCAUCCAGAAAGUUGGAAUCCCAUGUGGUCUGUAUCAAGCAUAUUAACAGGGCUUCUUUCAUUCAUGAUGGACAACAGUCCAACCACUGGCAGUGUAAACACCACCACUGCUGAGAAGCAGCGUCUAGCAAAAUCUUCCCUUUCUUUCAACUGUAAGAAUGCUACAUUCAGGAAGAUGUUCCCUGAGUAUGUUGAGAAGUACAACCAGCAACAGCUUUCUGAGCAGGCUGCUCCAGAGAGGGUCUCAUCGGAUACGUCUCCCGACAAGAGUUCAAGGCCAGUUUUGGAAAAGAAAUUAGAAUCCAAUGGAGAAGACAUGAGAAGAGUAGAUGGGUUGAAGGAAGUGAGGAAAAACAGAAAACCAUUUCCAACGUGGAUGAUGCUAUUACUCUUCUCCAUCUUUGGGGUUGUAAUGGCAUUACCACUGCUUCAGCUGUGAUGAUAGGCAAAGAAAUCUUCAUAGGAGGGUAUAAGGGGUCCAGAAAGUGUUCUCCUGGAACUGGUACUAUAUGUUCUGCUAAGGUUGUCAUGUCUAACAGAAUUUGUAUAGGGAAAUGAAAUGAUGAACAUGGAGGCUGCGUUUUACUAUGGGCUGAAUUUACUCCUUUGUGUCUAUGUUGCCAGCUUCUUGGUGGUGAAUGUUAAGAAGUUACAUGCUUGAUACUUUUGACUUUCUUCUAAAUGUUUUUGAGGUUUGUCUUGUGGUGUUGGUCACCCUGCACGUGCUGCUUGGGUACAUUAUGCUUUUUAGAAUGGGUAAAUUAUAUCCGAUAAAACCAUAAACGUAAUUCGCAGUCAAGUUUUGAUCCCUUUAGUGGCAGUGUGUAUAAAGACUGAAAAGUUAAGAAUGGAAUAUGCUACUUUCUAUGAA